AAUGACGUCACAUAUGUGACCGUAGCAUCUCCCGCGCAACUUUCUCCCGCGAACUUGAGGAAAAAGAAAAACAGCCAGCAAAGAAACAUGUCAGGUGUAUUUGAAGCCCCUAAACACAGGAUAAAUGCCUCUAUGCUGUCUCAGUAUGUGAGCAAGCCCGUUUGUUUUACGGGGCGAGUGGAGAAGGUCCACCCGUCAGGAAAGUCUUUCACACUAACAGACGGCGAGGGCAAGACUGCAUCCGUGGAGCUCAAUGAGCCGCUUGAUGAGGAGUUGAGUGGAAUUGUGGAGGUGGUUGGCAUGGUGUCCAACAAAGGCACGGUCAUGGCUGUAGCCUACACCGCCCUCCGAGACGACAAAAUACCCUUUGAUUUGGAGCUUUACAACGAAGCUUUGAAAAUUAUCCAUGACCACCCACAGCACUAUCCUUUCCAGUAGAGAGCCAUCAAGGGCCUGCACUGGCCAGCCACAUCAGCACAGGAGGCUGUACUGCGAAGUGAGGUAACUGGCCAACCCAGGUAUCUUCGGAAGUAGCCACUGAUCUCUUGAAAGAAAACCCUAACAACUAGAACUGUUGUUUCUAGAGUGACAUGUUUGGAGAUCAGAGGUUACUCCUGGGGUUACCUGGGUAACCAGUUGCCUUAUCUGUAGGAUUCCCUUCAGACCUCUGUUACUAGUUACAUCUUUAUACUCAAAGCAUCUCACGGGAUACAUGAUGGUUUUGUUGAACAUGGGGAGCCUCCAUCAGUCUAUUCUUGACUUGGGUCAGAUGUCUGAUUUUUCUCUUAAAAGUAUGCAGAGUAUGGGAAUGCCAUACUCACAAGCUGACAACCAUUUCUGUUUCUCAAAUUGUGUAUCUGAGAAAGAUGACCGAUAUGUACAUUUGUUUUGGGUUUAUUGUUUUACUGUCUUGUAUCAAUCAGUUAAUAACAAAUAAAUAUGUUUGUUUCUCA